CGGGCCAAUGAGCUGACGCUUUACUUUCUGCAGUGAUUGCUGCUUCUGCUUUCUGACUUGGAAGACAGAACUAUUUGGUGUGUAUUUCUGCAGUGCCACGUGUAUAGUAACAGUGGUGAGAAGAACAAGAGCCUGAGGAGCUCCUGGCACAGAGGAGACACCAUGACAAUGCCUUCCUGCCCCGUGUCCAUUCUUCUUCUGCAGCUUCUGCUUCUCCUCCUUGGUCGUAUUCACUGUGAAAAUGAAGAAGAAAAGAUUAAAAUGGAAGUGACACAUCUGCCUAGUGUCUGCACGCAGAAGAGCAAAAGAGGCGACCUGGUGAAUGCACACUAUGACGGUUACUUGGCGAAGGAUCUCUCUAAAUUCUACUGCAGCCGCUCAGAGAAAGAUGGCCACCCCAAGUGGUUUGUACUCGGAGUUGGACAAGUGAUCAAGGGACUUGAUAUCGCAUUGAUGGAUAUGUGUCCUGGAGAAAAACGGAAAGUCUUCAUUCCACCAUCCUUGGGCUAUGGAGAGACGGGCUAUGACAAGAUCCCACCGAAUGCUACUCUGAUGUUUGAAAUUGAGCUAUUGGGAAUAAGCAAAGGACCGCGCAGUCUGGAGGCGUUUCUACAAAUCGAUUUGGACAAUGACAAAUUCCUCACCAAAGAUGAGAUAAGCCAUUACUUAACAGAAGAGUUUAAGAAAGAUGGGAAACAGCGGGAUCCUUCUAUGCAUGGACGGAUAUUAACAGAUAUAUUCCAUAAAAAUGAUCAUGACAAUGAUGGCCUCAUAUCAGUGCGGGAGUACAACGUUUAUAGGCACGAUGAGUUAUAGUAAAUUAUUUCCCUGUUUGUCCAGUAAUCUAUUAAUUGUGCGGUUUUACGGAAGAAGAAAAUAAACCUGUGUUGCCGUUUCAGCUUAAAUCAAUAUUGGGUUCAUGCUAUGAUAUUUGGUGCCGUUAAAGGGGUUGUCCAACCUUUACUAAGUGAUAGCCUAUCCUCAGGAUAAGCCAUCACUAGCUGAUUGGCCUGCACUCCCACCUAUCAGCUGUUCGGGUGUAUCUCCAUUGGCGGAAGUUUGCACCGGAACUAUUCCACACCAUCAACCUUGUGGUGGAGGGAUCUCAUUACUACAGCGCUGCUCCCAUUGACUUCAGUCAGUUAGAUGGUUGGCUAGUGAUUGCCUACCCUGAGGAUAGGCCAUCACAUAGUAAAGUCCCAUUUACAAACUAUUCAAACUACUGCAGUGAUUUGAGAAUUUGUUAGAACUAGUAUCUGAUGGACUUUCACAUCUGGGCAAUCAUCAUUCAUAUGCCACUAUUAUGUCAUUACAUAAGUGUUCCCAAUAUAAAUGUUGGAAAAUAAUUACCAGUACCACUACCAUUAAUUGUAAGUUUAGAAAUUCUUGCUAUAUGUUAGGGUUCUUCACUUGUUCAGUUUUACUGCCUGUAGAAUACUUUUAUUCUUUCCCGUUCAAGUCAGUGUAGACUUAGCUAUACUGAACCUUCUAUCUAUCAAUCUUACAAUAAAGGGAUACAUCCAUUGUAACUUUUUAAAUCACACAUUAACAACCUA